CGUCCCUGCAGUUUGUAUGCUCAGUCGCACGAUCUCGUUCGGAGCGUCGAGACGCCUGUCGCGCUCGGUUUUCCGUGGCGCUUUCCAGAACCCGUAAGAUCGCGUUAGGAUCGUGACCGAUCGUGGUAUUGCACGUGGGAAAAAUUUUGGUGUUAAUAACAAAGGACUAUAAUCACAUAAAGAAGUUUACUCGAUGAUUCCGAUUCGGGAAAUGUUCUAGUUUUUACACGUCGAAGGAUACAGCGAUUAGAUUGGAAGAGGAUUAAUGAUAUUUGGUGCUUUUUGAGUUUUAAUUUAAAAGAAAAAGGAAACAAACGAGAACCUCUUGGAUGAAAUUAAAAAUUAGAAACGUAAUUCAAAGCUAGGUUCAAGGUACAUUUACGUAGUAUAUUUUGGGAAGAAAACCUUGAGAAUCUUUAAAACCACGGAAACCGUGAAUCUUCCGUGCGUACAAUGCUUAUCUGAGAGCAAAGAGUAAGAAAGAGGAAAUUCUUAUCAGGUGAAAAGAAUGUCAGAGUCAAACUCGGUGAUUAUUAUGUCACGUCGUAAAACGUGUUUUCAGGGUUGAAAAAGAAAGGCUUCGAGUGAAAUCGAGUUUUGGGGAACUCGCUGGUUCACGCGACGAGAAUGUGAAUCGUACGCGACCGGUUCACGGAUCUGUGCCAAUCGAUAAAGACCCCCUCGAGUACCCGAAGAGUCCCAAGUCAUCAUGUCAUCGAGUGGUGAAUUCUCAACUCUCUCGAGCGGCGAAGCAACAGGGACCGGUGAUGACUCUUUACCAAGUUCUCGUGAAGCCACUGCCGAAGCAGCCGGUCCCGGGGGUGGAUUCGUACCCCUACGUGAAUUUCUGGACAGAUUCUCCUUACCAAGGGUAGUGAGAGUAGAGGGUGCUGGUGGAAGACCGAUUCUCCUGUAUAAGCAGCAACAAAGAUCACUCAGAGUAACAGCAACCCUGUUGAUGCAUCGUUAUCGGCACGACGUCAAAGUUGGACCGGAAAUAGUCAUCCCCGAAGGAUAUCCUGGCUGGUUCUCCGUGGUGUCCAGCAAUAGCGGUACAGGAAGUGCCAGAGUCUACAGGAGAAUAGGUGCCUUGGUCAGAGCUGGUGUGCCUGCGUUUCUACUGGCGAAACCAUUACGUGCUUAUACACUGACUCACUCGAAGAUGGAGAAUGGAAAUCUACGUGCGCAUUAUACAAAAACUACGGUCAAGGCUGGCGAGGUACUACGGCUUGCCGCGGUCUUUCAAGAUACCAGAAGAUCUCCCGUAUCUACUGGUGUAUCUGGUGUUAUCGGGAGCAUGCCCGAGGGUAAAAGCUCCAGGUCAUCCGAGAGAGAUCAGUACGCUCAGUGCCUUGAUUCCCAUGGUCAUGAACUUUUUGCACCGCUUUCGGCACGAGGUGAAUUCUACGCGACUUGCCAGGGCGGAAGCCUUGAUACAGGAAGUGACGCAGUACUUUACAGAGUGCAUCAGCUCGCUAGGAGAGAUCUUCCCCUUAGGGUUCGACUCGUUGCUGGACCGUUACCUAUACCAUUGCCAAGAGACUAUAGUGGUCUGAUGCAAUUGGAAGGUGCAACGAGAGGACCCAUUGUAUUGGGUUGUGCUGUGCCAUUGGUCCCUGAGCGACCUUUACCAGGGUCAACGAUUCCUGAACUUCUAGAAUUGGUAGCAACCGGACCAACUGCUCCUAGAGUAAAAAGGGCUAGACUAGGAUGUCCAUCCGAAGCUAGAUUACUGGCGUCACCUAAGAUGCAACGACUAUUAUCAGCAUGCAGAAGGGCUUUGGACCAGAGAGCAACUGAACCCAGGGUAGCCCCACCAAAGCCAACGUCAACCAGUUCCCAACUAAAGGAGCUCCAUCUGAAGGAGAUCAAAACGAAACCGGAAGCAAAGCCCAUCCUCCAGAGUCUGAAGGAAGGACUGGAGCAUAUUAAAAAGACAACAAUCCGAGAUCGUAGCAACACAAGAACCGCCAACAGUACAGGGAACGGUUUCCUCGAUCGGAUCUCGAGGAUAGCACAAGGCGGAAGAAGCAGGAACCCAGCAAAGAAGUCAGCGUCUUUCACAUUCGCUGUGAGACCGGAACUCGGCAUGAGGACACCGGAAAGAUACGCGAGUCUAGAGUCAGACGCGAACUCUCUUGUUCCAAUAAUAUCGUCAUCGAGACAGCAAGUUCAGAGAUCUAUAUCCACCAGCGUCCUUGAGAUUCAAUCACAACCUGAUCUUGAUCCUCCGUACUCCAAGGUCAGGGACAGUCUGACGCCAUUACCACCGACUCCACCACCCAGGAUGGAGGAUAUUUACGCAGAAAUCUGCGAACCCACUGGUAGCCAUUUGCAAGGUUCACACGAGGAAAAGCCGCUGCCUCCUGAUAAAAGAUCUUCUAUCAGAGAAAUGGAUAGAGGUUACGUAAAGUUGUCAACCCGUUCAGAAUUUUCUGACAUUUCCGGUAGCACCGAGGACGAGGAAGGCAUUUAUAAUACUGUAUGCUGAAUUAGGAUUUUGACAAAUUUUUAUAUACGAAUACAACGCGGCCUAAGUACUUUUUACUUGGUACCACAUCUCCCAAAAGUAUUUAGUUUCGAUACGAUCGAUAUGGUAAAAUAUAAAUGACGUAAACUUCACGCAUCCCCAUCCGACCUCAGGCGGAAGCACGUGCGACGCGCGGCAUUUAUGAUUAUGGUGCUAACAUUGUGAUUAUCCCACUGGGACUUGCAAUAAUUUUUGCGAGGAUCCUGAUAAGAGACUUUGACGUUAUCGAAAGAUAAUAAAUUCGUGAUAACGAUCGAUGAAAAAAAAAAAGAGUAACCUCUUCUAACGUCCAUCCUAACAGAUUGAUUCCCGAACUCAAUGAAACCUGUAAUAUUUGUACGUUGUGUAUAUUAGCGCGGAGCUGUAUAAUAAAUAACAAACAAAUAUAUACA